AGUCUGUUGAAUAAUGAAAGAAUUUGCCUGACAGGGUUUUGUAGUGUUUCCUCUUCUUGAUGAAUUAUUGCAGAGGAUAGACGACAGUCUUUUGUUGAAAAUGCAUUGGAAUGACUCAUCCAAUUCCUCAGAAAGUGACAAUGAAGCUCAUUCAGCCUUCACACAGACUGAGCACAACAUAGUUGCAGCUUACUUAAUAACAGCAGGUGUGAUAAGCAUUUUCAGUAACAUUGUUGUGUUAGGCAUCUUUGUUAAGUACAAGGAGCUUCGGACAGCAACCAACGCAAUUAUUAUCAACUUGGCUUUUACUGAUAUUGGUGUUAGUGGCAUUGGUUACCCCAUGUCUGCUGCCUCAGACCUGCAUGGAAGCUGGAAAUUUGGAUAUACCGGAUGCCAGAUCUAUGCUGCCUUAAAUAUCUUUUUUGGGAUGGCGAGUAUUGGUUUGCUGACUGUUGUUGCUGUUGAUCGUUACCUGACCAUCUGCAGGCCUGACAUAGGAAGAAGAAUGACCACCCGUAGCUAUGCCACUCUCAUCCUUGCUGCUUGGAUAAAUGCAGUUUUCUGGUCUUCCAUGCCUACUGCAGGCUGGGCCAGCUACGCUCCAGACCCCACUGGAGCAACGUGCACUGUAAACUGGAGGAAAAACGAUGCGUCCUUUAUUUCCUACACAAUGAGUGUAAUUGCUGUUAAUUUUGUUGUGCCCUUAACAGUCAUGUUUUACUGUUAUUACAAUGUUUCCCGGACAAUGAAACAGUAUGCCAGCAGUAACUGCCUGGAGAGCAUUAACAUAGAUUGGUCUGACCAAGUAGAUGUGACAAAGAUGUCUGUUGUGAUGAUUAUAAUGUUCUUGGUGGCAUGGUCUCCAUAUUCUAUUGUGUGUUUGUGGUCUUCCUUUGGAGACCCAAAGAAAAUUUCUCCUGCGAUGGCCAUCAUAGCUCCUCUCUUUGCAAAAUCUUCCACAUUCUAUAAUCCCUGCAUUUAUGUCAUUGCAAACAAAAAGUUUCGGAGGGCAAUCCUGGCAAUGGUGCGAUGUCAGACAAGACAAGAGAUAACCAUAAACAAUGCUUUGCCCAUGAGUGUAUCUCAAAGUGCACUGACAUCGCAGAACUCCAGUCAUUUGCCUGCAUAAGUUACAUGGAAAGGAGUGAAAUCUGGGUUCAAAUUAAUGAAUCUUUUGGACAAUUUAUUUUUGAAUAAUAAUCUUUCCCAGCUAGCUGUUUUGUGUUAGUCACAGUAAUCUUUUUAGAGAAGUUAAGAAGACAAAACCUUCCAAGACUUUAGUUUUUGAGAGUGAGGUUUAUGGUCCAGUAUUUCUGUCACAAAUGAAAAGGGGUA